AUGCGUCCCGCCAUCACCCUCGCGCGCCGCCUCUGCGCAGUCAUCUUGGCGCUUCUCAGCGUCGGCGGCCUCGGCGGCAUGAAUGACAGAAACGCGGCGGCGAAUUCGGCAAGGAUCACGCCGGCAGUACGGACGGCGCGCGCGCAGCCAAUGGCGGGGCCGCGGUGCGUGAACCGGUUUCCGGAGAAGCCGCUGUGCAAGUUCGUCGACGACCUCGCCGCGUCGCCGCUCACCUUCGUAGACGCGUCGGCCGGCGAGACCAUCAAACUCGGCGCGUACGACGUUUACCAGAAGUUCCACCGCGACCUCCCUGACACCAAGGUGUACGCGUUUGGCGCCUCCCGCAGCUCGGCGCGCUACCCGGGCCCCGUGCUCCUCGCCACACGUGGCACCACCACCAGGGUGAAGUUUGAGAAUCACAUCAGGGACAAGACGCACAUGUUCACCAUCGACCCCACCCUCAUGGCGCCCAAGCUAAAGCACGGCGGUGUGCCCAUCACCGUCCAUAAGCAUGGCGGGGAGACACCAAGCACAUCCGACGGUCACCCUCUGGCAUGGUACACGGCGAGUGGUGAGCAUGGACCCGAGUUCGAAUCCCAAGAGCACACAUAUCCGAACAUGCAACGCGCGACGAUGCUGUGGUAUCACGACCACACGAUUGGAAUGACGGCACAGAAUGUGGUCGCGGGAUUGGCGGGGCUUUAUGUUAUCCGCGACCCGCAAGGCGAGGAGAGGCGGCUCAAGAGGUGGCUGCCACGUGGCGAGCGCCUAUUGCACCUCGUGAUUGCUGACAGGAUCUUUUUCCCGAACGGAUCCAUCAAUUAUCCGAAGCAGGGCUUAGUGCCGAAUGUCCACCCGAACUGUUGUAAACGGCAAG